UACCCUCACCGAUAAGUUAUCGAUAACUCACAUUGCUUUGUUGUGGUCCCUUUUUUGUAUUACCUUGAAUUUGCUUAUCAUUAAGCAUGACACCGGCGAUGUAGGGUUAGCAGCGAUCACAGAUUUCAGUUCUCCAGUUAUGCUCCUGCGGCUGCCCAUUUUGGCGGCACGCUUUCUUCACAACGGAAGACUGCGCCUUCUGUUUGGCGUCCUGAUCCUGGUGAUCGUCGGCAGCAUUGCUUAUAGCUACACCUGGCAAAAUGAUAACUACCUGUGUUUCAUGGAAGGCCAAGGGAUGGCGACACAGACGCCGGUUCCUGAUGCGGAAACCAGUCCCCUGGAGGAUGUGCUGCUGGCGGCGCCAAAGCCCACGCCCGGAAGAAGUAUCUUCUUCCACGAGACCAGUUGCCACCAGACCAAAAACAGGCAGUAUGAGAAACUGAAGCUCACCGCCCGCCAGGCCUGCGCAAUCGAGUCCGCAGCAUUGCAUAAUCCGAAUUUCCAAGUGUUCGUCCUGUUCGCCGGUCCCACAUAUCGAAUCUCUACCGUUGGUCGCAACAACAGCCAUCAGCAGCCUUUGGUCGACGCCAUUCUCAGCUACAGCAAUGUGCAUCUUCGGCGCCUUAAUCUCUGGAGCUAUGCUGCCGGCACACCCAUCGAUGAGUGGCUCAAAGACGGACGCUUGUUUCGCUCGAGAUAUUUGUUUUCGCACAUUUCGGAUUUUCUGCGCUAUCUUACCCUCUACCGCUACGGAGGUCUUUAUUUGGACAUGGAUGUGGUAGUGCUGCGGAGCAUGGAGGAGGUGCCCCCCAAUUACACAGGCGCCGAGUCCAACACGCAUUUGGCCGCUGGGGUCAUGAGCUUGGCAGCCACUGGCUUUGGCCACGAAAUCGCCGAAUCGUGUCUGCGCGACUUUCAGUACAACUUCAAUGGCCGAGACUGGGGCAACAACGGUCCUGGGGUUAUAACUCGUGUGGCCCAGAAAAUAUGCGGCACCAAGGACAUCGGCGUGAUGCAGGAGGAUCCAAAGCGCUGUCUCGGAUUCAAGGUAUUCGGGAGGGGCGCUUUCUACGCCGUCCCCUGGAAAAAGUGGCGCGAUUUCUUCGAGCCGGAAAAGCUUGAGGAGACGAUAGCCCGCUGCAAGGACUCGUAUGUUGUGCACGUAUGGAACAAACACUCUAGUACGCUGCCCAUCAAACAAGGUUCCACAAGCGCCUACGCCAAGUAUGCCGAACAAAACUGUCCACGCGCCUAUAAGGCGGCGGGCGAGUAUUUUUAGUAUUAUAAUUUAGUGUGUUAUUAAGCUCAAUCCAAAGAGUCGUCGCCCUAAAAGAGGGCACCAUUGUUAUGUGGCAUCGCAUUCUCAAACGCACACAUUACCGGCAACUUAAGUCAAACAAAGAACACGGAAAUAUACACUUUUUUAUUGCUUUUGGUUGCAUUUUGUCCGAUUGCACAAUAUAUUUUCAUUACCUGAACAAAAUUAAAAAGGCUCUAUAAAAAAGCUAAGAAUACUCUGAUUUCCCCCACUGUGCUUUAUUUAAUAAUUGAAACUCAAAUGUACACUUAACUAAGCUCGAAUAAGUUGGAGAAUCGUGUCCGUCAUGUACAAAAUUUUGUAUACAAGGCGGCCCCUCAAAAAAGUAAGGUAAACGGGGCAUCACUAACAUAGUCUGUAAGUUUACUAAAUUAAAUUAAAAUAGAAAAAGAAUAUGUAAAAGCUUAUUUCAAAAUAAGAUAAAAGCAGCUAUAUGAAAACAUCAA